AUGCUCUCCCUCUCGGUGCUGCUGCUGGCAUCGCCGACUGCCGUGCUGCUCGUCUCGGCACAGGUCAGCCCGCCACAGUCGCCCAUCAUCCCCGGCUGCACGACCAGCUCGUUUUCCAUUCCCAGCUGGUACGUCCAGAACUUGACCGUCUCGCAGACAGCGGGCACCGCUUUCCACGUCGUCAACCGCGCCACCAACCGCACGGCCGCUGUCACCUGUCCAGCAGGCGGCGCAGCGCAUCCCGACGGAUGGACGCCGUGCAGGGUCGCGUCCCUGUCGCCCCUGUUUCUCGACCUCGGCUCGGUGGUCCAGGCCAGCGCCAACAGCACCACCGUCCGCGUCGGCCUCAACGAGACGUGGACGUGCAGCGACCGCAACGCGUCGCAGCCGCUGACCUUUAGCGCGGAGGGCACGGCCUCGGCCAAGCUCAGCUGCGGCGGCAAGAACGCGACUGGCUGCACGGCCGUCGACGAUGCCGUGUUGGUCCGCGGCUCGCUGCACAAGCCCGUCGAGGUGACGCCGGCCUACUCCAAGGGCCCUCCGGGCCACGCCAAACCGGGCUGUGCGGCGAACUCCAAGACACCCCGCUGGACGCUGAGCGAUGUUUCGUAUGUCGACCGGACGGGCGACGGCGUCACGUCCAUGGCACGGAAGGACUUUAUUGCGCAGCUUGUCAAUGCGGCCACGGGCUACGAGUCUGGGUGCUCGGCCUAUUAUGGGGUGGGAGGUGGUCCCCCGGGGCUGGGAGGUGGCCCCCCGACCCCGGGAACGCUUCCAAACAACACGUCGCCCACGGCCCUCCACGUCGGUUGCACGGGCGUCGAGUUCAGUUCGUCGGGCAUCGGCCAGUACCGGCCGCAGACGGACGCCUCGUUUGACCCGGCGACGUCCACGUUUACCGUGAACCAGACGUGGUUCUGCGACGACGGCGAUGCAGCGCGGCCAGUGCAGAUCACGGCCGUCGGGAGUUCCACGUUGUCUCUCAGGUGCGUGACGAAGACCCUGCCGGGUUCCAGCUCCACCGACGGCGGCAACGGCACCGUGCAGACCAGCAAACAGUGUGUGCCCGCCGCCAGCAAGGGGAACGGCACCACGAGCGGCAUCACCGUGACCGGCCACGUCACCAGCACCGUCGCUCUGCCCGCCUACUCCAUCGAAGAGCCCCAGCCCGUCCCGGACGGCUGCACGGUCUCCUCGCUGCUGAACCCCGUCUGGAUCUACAGCGCCUUCGGCUACUCCCAAAAGAACGGCUCCGCGGGUGUCACGGGCAUCAGCUUUAACCUCAUCCUCCAGACGUCCAACCCGGGCUUCCAGUUCCCCAUCAGCAUUUCGCAGGGCCCCAAGUGGAGCGGCAACACCACGCUGCCCUUGCCCGUUGGCAACGCCACGACCACAACCACCGAGUCCUGGUACGACUGCAUCAUUGGCAACGGCGGCGACGACAGCCCGACCCUGUGGCCGCACGACUGCCGCUUCCAGUACGUGCCCUCCACGAAGCAGCUGUCCCUCGUCGCCGACUGGUACUGCAGCGACUUGGACCGCCAGCACCCCGUCGCCUUUUCCGGGCGGUCGACCACGGUCGUCUCGAAAAAGGUCAACUGCGGGCCCACGACCGUCAACGGCGUCGUCAACAAAGAGGGCCUGCAGACCUGUGUGGCCGUCGACACGAGCGAUUCGUGGACCGCGCCCAUUACCGAUGUGACCUGGAAGUCGGCAUAG